GAGCAGAAGGAAUAGUCGCAGCUGUGAAUAAACUGAAAUAAAAAAGUUAAUUUUUAGUCAACAAUUAAAUAUCUAAAAGCUAAGAAUCAGUGAUUGAAAAAAAUUACCAAAAUGCAGAUCUUCGUUAAAACUUUGACGGGAAAGACCAUCACCUUGGAGGUUGAGCCUUCCGAUACCAUUGAGAACGUCAAGGCNAAGAUUCAGGACAAGGAAGGUAUUCCCCCAGAUCAGCAGCGUCUGAUCUUCGCCGGCAAGCAACUGGAAGAUGGUCGCACCCUGUCCGAUUACAACAUUCAAAAGGAGUCUACCCUUCAUUUGGUACUGCGUCUGCGUGGCGGUUACUCAAGUUAAUUGCAAAAUAAAAGAAAUCGCAAAUGAAUAAUUCAACACUAAAAUCAAGCCACAGUUUCAAAAUUUUUUUAUUUCUGCAAAAAACACUAGACCGCAAGAAAAAAUUCAAAAUUACAAGUUCAAGCAUUGAGCCGAAUUUCCUGUGCCUGCUGUUUCUUCUGGCUUAAUUCUUGCUUCAAAUUCCAUAAACAAUUGCAAAUUAAAAUAAAUUUACCAUAUUCAAAAA